UGAUAGCGGUGGAUGAGGAGAUUAUCCUCAGCUCGGAUCCAAAGGGACGGAGCAGGUUCGGGCCACACAACAUGGGCAACGCCGACACCAAGCUUCACUUCAGGAAGGCGGUGAUCCAGCUCACGACCAAGACGCGGCCGGUCGAAGCCACGGACGACGCCUUCUGGGACCAGUUCUGGGCCGAAACCUCCACCUCUGUGCAGGACGUGUUCGCUCUGGUUCCGGCGGCCGAGAUCCGAGCCGUCAGAGAGGAGUCCCCGUCAAACCUGGCAACCCUCUGCUAUAAGGCGGUGGAGAGGCUGGUCCAAGGAGCCGAGUCCGGCUGCCCCUCGGACAGGGAGCGGCAGACGCUCCUGAACUGCACGCGGCUGCUCACCCGCAUCCUGCCCUACAUUUUCGAGGACGCAGACUGGAGGGGCUUCUUCUGGUCCACGGUGCCGGGCGCCGGCAGAGCCGGGCGUUUGGAUGAGGAGGGCGACGAGGACGAGGCCCGGCCUCUGGCUGAGUCCCUGCUCUUGGCCAUCUCUGACCUGCUGUUCUGCCCAGAUUUCACCGUCCAGACCCAGAAGAAGAGCAGCUCAGACGCGGCGGAGGACGUCCGCUCCAUCGACAGCUGCGAGCUCAUCUGGCAGGUCGGCGUGGGCUUCGCUCAGUCGCCGCCUCCGAACUUCACCCACGACCUCAACAGGACGGAGCUGCUGAAGCUGCUCCUCACCUGCUUCUCGGAGGCCAUGUACCUCCCUCCUUCCUCCGAGAGCCGAGGCCUCAACCCCUGGGUCGCCUUCUUCUGCUCGGCUGAGAACAGACACGCGCUGCCGCUCUUCACCUCGCUGCUCAACGUGGUGUGCGCCUACGACCCGGUGGGCUACGGCUUCCCCUACAACCACCUGCUGUUCUCGGACCACCGGGAGCAGCUGGUGGAGCAGGCGCUGCAGAUCCUCGUCGUCACGCUGGAGCACGAUGGCGGGUCGGCGGCCGGCGCCGCCCUCAGAGCCCUGAGCCCGUCCAGCGGCGCCGCCGCGGAGGCCGAGCAGGACGCGGCCGGACCCGAAAACCUGUUUGUGAACUAUCUUUCCCGGAUCCACAGAGAAGAGGACUUGAGCUUCGUCCUCAAGGGUCUGGCUCAGCUGCUCAACAACCCCCUGGUCCAGACGUACCUGCCUCACUCCACCAAGAAGGUCCAGUUCCACCAGGAGCUGCUGAUCCUCUUCUGGAAAUUCUGUGACUUCAACAAGAAGUUCCUGUUCUUCGUCCUGAAGAGCAGCGACGUGCUGGAGAUGCUCGUCCCCAUCCUCUUCUACCUGAACGAGGCCCGAGCCGACCAGUCUCGCGUGGGUCUCAUGCACAUCGGCGUCUUCAUCCUGCUGCUGCUCAGCGGAGAGCGGAACUUCGGCGUCCGUCUGAACAAGCCGUACACGCUGCGGGUCCCCAUGGACGUCCCCGUGUUCACCGGAACCCACGCCGACCUGCUGGUCGUGAUCUUCCACAAAAUCAUCACCAGUGGCCACCAGCGUCUCCAGCCUUUGUUCGACUGCCUGCUCACCAUCAUAGUGAACAUCUCCCCGUAUCUGAAGAGCCUCUCCAUGGUGUCUGCCAACAAGCUGCUCCACCUCCUGGAGGCCUUUUCUACUCCCUGGUUCCUGUUUUCCAACCCUCAGAACCACCACCUGGUCUUCUUCCUGCUGGAGGUCUUCAACAACAUUAUCCAGUAUCAGUUUGAUGGUAACUUCAACCUGGUCUACGCCAUCAUCCGGAAGCGGAACGUCUUCCAUCAUUUAGCCAACCUGCCGUCGGACGCAGCCUUUAUUCACAAGGCCUUGCAGAGGAAGAGGAAGUCUGGGAUUUCCAGGAGCGGCUCCAUAGAGGAGUCGAUGGAGGGGUCCAAAGCAGCGGCGCCCGCUGAGCCCGGCACACUCAAAGCCAGCUUAGAGGCCACUCCAGGAAUCGAUAAGAUAACAGAGAAAUCCCAGGUGGGUGAGGAUGGGACCAUGGUGGCUGUCCCACAUUCAGACUGCCCUCAGGCCGCAGCCAGCGACGCCGAGUCCGGCGCGGAGGUUCACCACGCGGAGCCGGACCCGGCCAGGACCCGACUGUCGAGCGUCUCGGCGCCGGCGGCCUGGAGCGCUGACCCAGACUGGGUGUUGUGCUGGAAGGCGAAGCUCCCUCUGCAGACCAUAAUGCGGCUGCUGCAGGUUCUGGUCCCUCAGGUGGAGAAGAUUUGCAUUGACAAGGGUUUGACGGACGAGUCAGAAAUCCUGAAGUUCCUGCAGCACGGCACGCUCGUGGGCCUGCUGCCGGUUCCACACCCCAUCCUCAUCAGGAAAUACCAGGCCAAUGCCGGCACGGCCAUGUGGUUCCGCACCUACAUGUGGGGCGUCAUUUACCUGCGCAACGUGGACCCUCCCAUCUGGUACGACACAGACAUCCGGCUCUUUGAGAUCCAGAGGAUUUAGAGCAGCGGACAAAGACUCGGGAUCCCGUUUGUUCCUUUCACACAUUCAGCAGCAACAAGACGAUGAUCAGAGAAGCUUCUGUCCUCGUCCUGGUUUUAUUUUAAACAGACGGGUUUCUAUUUGUUUUUUUUGUUUGUUUUUUUAGUGCAAAUGUGUCAAUAAAUAAGUUGCUGCACAUGAAAAAAAGACUUUAAUAUGAGCAGAUGAAUUAAAUACAUGGCACAUUCACCAGUAGUAUUCACGAGUAUUACCUAAUAAAAUUUAAUUUUAGUUUAGAUAUUUUCUCCUCAACACAGAAAAACUGAGGAAUACUGUUGUAAUGAAAAGAAACUAACAUAAAAUACACCGUAUCCAAAAGCAGCUGAUCAUCAUCAUUCAACAACCUCCAGCAGCAUCUAAUCACUCAUGUCCAGUUUUUCAGUUUAUUUAUGGAUAAUAAUAUUUUUUUCCUUUAUCCCAGUGAUUCCAAUGUCUGACUUUUAACAGUAUAGUUUGUGUAACAGUAACCAGAUGCUGGUGAUCAGAGUGUGGAGCUGGAAGCUCUCAAACCAUCACGCGUGGAGCAGCAGCGACGUCCACA